GACGCCCUGCGACGCCCGCGUCGCGACGCUGCUACGCGCCUCCGGUCGGUUCGCCGGCAAGGUUCACGACUCUGGCCAGCUGCUUCUCGUCGCCUAGUCGGCGGCCGCCUCGCCAGGUACUUCUUUUGGCCGGAAGGGUUUCUAAGAGGAAGCAUCAAGAACAGUUCCAGAGUGAGCAAUUAUUUGGUUUCCGGCUUGACUUCUCAUCAGAGAUGAAUAAUUAGCAGCGAGUGAUUAACAUUCCAACAUACAACUCACAUCUCGAAGGCAUCCCGGCUUGACUUCCUGCCCGAGAUGAACGUCUGACGGCUGGCGGUUAUCAGUCAACAACAAUUCUAUUCAGUUCUACAAGGAGGCGGUAUCGCGAUGACUCUGGGGGCGGCCCCGUGAUGGCGGGGGCGGUGGUGCGCCAGCUGCUGCUGCUGGCGGCGGCGGCGGCGGCCGCGGCGGCACCGGACCCCAACCCAAACCCCAAACCAAACCCAAACCCAAACCCAAACCCAAACCCGAACCCCGACCCCAACCCUGGGCCGGCGCCUGGACCCGCCGCCGUGGCGCCGACGGCAGCCCCCGUAGAGUGCGAGGACCGCGAGCUGCGCGGCGCCCACGUGGAGGCGGGCAGUGGGGGCGGCGGGGGCGGCGUCGUGACGACCGCCUUCUGGAGCUGCGCCGCCGACGCCUGGCUCGCCGGCUUCUCCGGAUCGGACGGCGGCCUGGUGUUCCUGCCCCUCGAGGUGGCCGCCUGCAACCACAGCCUGGUGCUGCUCCCGGCGGGCAGGACUUGCACUCGCCACCACGCACAGUGCGAACGCGCGUCGGCGGACAACUACACGUGCUGGUGUGUGGGGGCGGGCGACGCUGUGGCGGCUGGAGCGGGGGCGGCGGUCGCCUCCUGGAACUUCCGGCGCGCGGAGCUGGAGGAGGCGCUGCUGCAUGCCACCAACAACCUCACACUGCUCAGGUGUCCCGGGUGCGCCGAGCCAUGGUGCGGCGCUGCUGGCGAGGACGUGGACGCGCCCUGGGGCGCGGUGCGGCACGCCGUGCUCGCCGUCCAGCUGCUCUGCAUGUUCGCCGCCGUCUCGCUCGCCUGGGUCGUCUUCCGGCAGCGCAAGUGCAAGACGAUAGCUGCCGGCAUGUGGACCAUCCUGGAAACCAUACUACUCGGAGAGUUCCUGUUGUACGCCACGGUGCCGGUGCAGCUGCUGGCGCCGUCCGUCGCGCGCUGUCUGCUGGAGGCCUGGCUGCGCGAGAUCGGCUUCGUCGUCUGCUACGGCGCCAUCAUCCUCAAGCUCUACAGGAUCCUGAUCGAGUUCCGGACGCGCAAGGCCCACCGCUGGGUGGUGCGCGACAAGGACCUGCUCAAGUACCUGUCCGGCAUGGUGGUGGUGGCGCACGGCUACAUGGCCGCCUGGACCGCCUCGACGCUCAACUUCCUGGCCGACGGCCACGAGCUGGUGGCCCGGGGGCGCACGCCCGACGGCCGACACUUCCUCACCUGCCGCGCCCUCUGGUGGGAUUACGUCACCGAGGCCGGUGAGCUGCUGAUGGUGGCGUUCGGGCUGCACCUGGGCUUCGCGUCUCGCAACGCGGCGUCGCCGUACGAGGAGCGGCGCUGGCUGUGCGCGGCGCUCUGCAUCGAGCUGGUGGGCUCGGCCGCCUACUACGCGGCGCGCGCCGCCCUCUGGAGCCAGCUGGAGCCGCGCGCCUUCCUGCUGCUCAGCCUUGCGCGCUCCCAGCUCACCGGCACCGGCUGUCUGCUCUGCGUCUUCCUACCCAAGCUGUGGUACGAGCAGCGGCGGUCGGCGAGCCGCGGGCAGUGCCUGGCGCAGGAGCUGUCGGCGCGCCUGCCGCUCGACGCCUUCCGGCCGGUGGACGGCGUCCCCACCGACGCCGACCUGGCCGAGAUCAACCUGGCCGACAUGAACCCCGACGACAUACGGGCGGAACUGAAGCGGCUGUACACGCAGCUGGAGAUCCUGAAGAACAAGACGAUCCGCGCCGACAACCCGCACAUCUCCAAGCGGCGCGGCGGCCGCAAGAAGAAGGGAAGUCGCGAGAAGGCCCUGCACCACCGCCAGCAGAGCCAGCAGCAGCAGGCGGCCGCGGCGGGCGACGCCUCCUCGGGGGCGGCGGCCGGCCAGGCGUCGUCGUCUUCGCGGCAGCCGCGUUGGAUGCCGGCGCGCCAGGACGCCACCGAGACGGAGGUGUCGCGCACGCCCGAGGACUCGGUCUGCAGCAACGAGGGACCCAGCGCCGUCUACGCAGAGCUCGACCGCGACCUCCGGCCCUGA